UUCAGCACGUCCAAUGUCGGCGCAAUUUGAAAAUUAUAUGCGUCUUGUUAAUUUACGGCAUAUGGCUCAUAUUAAUUGCGGAGCAACACAAGAAUCAAUUGAAAGUCAUACAUUCCGUUAUAAGUACAAACGGGUAAUGUAUUAUAUUUUUGUAUGAAUUUAUGUACAAUAUAUAUAUUGCUAUUUUUAUUUUGUUUUAAUAUUUUAUUAUUUAAUAGAAAAAAAAAAAUUAAAAAUGAAGAUACUAUUGAAAAAUGUACUAUAUGUUUAUCUGAAUUUGAAGAUUGUGAAAGUGUCAGGAGGCUUCCAUGCAUGCAUUUAUUUCAUAUAGACUGUGUCGAUCAGUGGUUAUGUACUAAUAAACGCUGUCCUAUAUGUCAAGUGGAUAUCGAAAUUUUUCUACACAAGAAGCUUGAAAACACUGCGUAGUUCGAUUUUAAUCAUUUGUUUUUGUUUUUAAGCAUAAUUAGAUAAUAUGCUCAUCUAAAUAUUUUAAAAAAUCCUAUUCAUGAGUAAAUCUUUUUCUGACACUAUGAAUGUUGAUGUAAAAAAUUUUAUUGUGAAUAAUCAAAAUAUUGAUAAUGAAACUAAGUUGUAAGAGAGGUUUGUCUUGAUUUGUUAUCUUCAUUCAUAGAUCAUAGAUAUUAAUAAUAGUGUACAUAAAAAUGUUAGGUUUGUUUAUUAUGCAUUAUUAUAUUAAUAAAAUAUGUAUUUU